GAUAGAGUCCUUCGCUCUCGGUCCUCUCCAUUUAAGCUCCACACCUACAACUUCUCUCUCCCUGUCUCUCUCUUGCCUCCAUUGGGCAAGCUGCCAGGCCGCGUGGCUAGCUAGCCCCGUGCUGUGCGCCGGUGAGAGGCAUAGAGAGAUGAUGUCGAGGGAACGCAAGAAGCAGGCGGCGGCCGCUCUUCAGGAGAAGCUCAAGAUCCUCCGCUCCAUCACUCACUCCCACGCUCUGAGCGACGCAUCCAUAAUCAUGGACGCUUCGGCGUACAUCAAGGAGCUGAAGCAGAAGGUGGUGAGGUUGAACCAGGAGAUCGCCUGCGCGCAGGACGCGCGGAGACACGGCUCCUCCUACCCGACGGUGACCGUGGAAACCCUAGUGGGCGGGCACGGCGGGUUCCUCAUCAACGUCUUCUCCGACAAGAGCUGCCCGGGGCUGCUCGUCUCCGUGCUCGAGGCCUUCGACGAGCUGGGGCUCAGCGUCCUCCAGGCCACCGCGUCCUGCGCCGACGACUCCUUCCGCCUCGAGGCCGUGGGUGGGGAGGUACCUGCUAAACGUGGCGGAGAACGUGGACGAGCACGUCGUGAAGCAGGCCGUGCUGCAGGCCAUCAGGAGCUGCUCCGAGAGCGGCAGCGAGCACGACGAGGAGUAGGCGGGGCUAGCUAGCUAGCUAGCGCGUAAGCGCACGCGCCGCGUCGUCGCCCUCCCGUCCUGAUGAUGAGCGUCUCAAGAAGCCGGGAUCUCUUUUGCCCGCUCCGUUUUUUCCUCCCCCCUACCUGCUGUUUUUUUUUUUUUUGGCUUCGAUCUACAUUUCCUCUCUAUCGCUGGCGAAACGAGCAGUAGCUCUUCCCUAUCUACUAGUGCUGGCGAUGAUCUCGAUCGGUGAAUAAUCCGUAGCAGCAAGCAGCACCAUUUCCAGUGUGAUAUAUAGUAUUAUUAAUUAGCGCUAUAUUUAUAUAUAUGUCUAUGACGACAAUAAGAUGAUCGAUCAGGCAUGUAAUGUAAGAAUGAUGGGAGGUUGGAAGCAAAGCUGAACGGAGCUAGCAUUCGACUGCCCUUCCACAUAUAUGUAUGAUUAAUUUGAUGCAGGCUGUAUUA